ACUUCAUACCUAAAUGCCGGAGAUGUCUUGCCAAAGCUUCAAUAUUCCAAAUGUCCCUCCGGACUUGCGUCGAGAAGAGACAGUCCAUCAGAUUGCGGAUUCCCUUAACUAUUUAGAUCAAGUGGCAAAUGAAGUAUUUAAAAGAAUCGGCACCAAGAUCAGUGAAAAUCGAACAAAACUUCAAAGGGUCAAUGAUAGAAUAAGUUUAGCUCAGGCAAAAGUAGACAAAAUCAAGGGAAGUAAUAAAGCUACGAAAGUAUUCGCUUCAGCAAAAUACCCAGCUGCUGAGAAUUUAGAGGAAUAUCAAAUAAUGUUUCCCUUAGAGAGCACCAAUGGGCUGCGAGAGAUUAAAAGACCUCAUUACAAAGUGACAUCUAAACACAAAGGACUUGAUGAUAAAUCAUUGAGGGAGAAAUUACAAUUCUACAAUGUUCAUUUGAAGUUAAAGCGUAAAGAGGACGCUAAUUUGAGAGAUGGGCUCGGGGGAUUACCCAAAUCUGUACCCUCCAUCAGCUCUCUGUUGUUGUUUAAUACGUCAGAAAACCUAUAUAAACAGUACACAAUGCUUGAUCCCUUGGGCGUGGUUAAGAAGACUCGCACUGCGAUUGAGGAGGAGAGUGAAAUAGACGCCGCGCCGACCACCAUCACCACAAACGAGGGACUGCAGGGACAGAGAGUGGACGACAUCUCCUUCAAGCCAGUGAUCGUGGACUUCCCGGAGAUAGCAGUCCCAGAAUUCCUACCCAAUCUACCAGGUGUUGCUGAUGAUCUUUCCUUUGCGGUUGACCAGGAAAAAUCCAUAGCUCCCUCAGUCCUGGGCAGUAUCAUUCCAGACCUACCCUCUGUAGUACCUGAAGAAACACUUCCCUCUGUUCCAGAAAUAUCCCAAGCCCCACCCAGUGCAGCACCACCCCCUCCUCCCAGUGCAGCUCCCCCACCUCCCCCUCCCCCAUCUGCACCAGCUCCCCCACCCCCAGGUGCACCUCCACCCCCACCACCACCCCCUGCUCCAGAUGCCCCACCCCCACCACCGCCACCACCAAGUGGUGUGCCAGAAUCAGCCCCUGCAGAAGUGACCGCUCCAAGUGACUCUAGGUCCAGUUUACUUGAUGCCAUACGUAAGACGGGUGGGGUCAGUGGAGCAAAGUUAAAGAGUGCCAAAGAUAGAAAACUGGAGAAGAAGAAAAAGAAGGAGGAGAAGGCAGCGGCCGCCCCCAGUGGUGGGGGAGGUGGGGACCUGAUGAGUGACCUCUUCAGCAGACUGACCAUGAGAAGAAAGGGGAUUUCUGGGGGCGGGGGAGGGGGAAAAGGAGCGACUGACAGUUCAGAUGCCCCACCCCCACCACCAACAGGGGGAGGUGGAGCCAUGGACAAAAUUUCAUCAAUGAUACCCCCACCUCCUAAGUCUGGGGGUGGGGAUGAUGAUGAAGAUGAUUGGGAAUAAAAGUUGUUGUUUGUUGUUAUACUCAGUUAUAAUUUUGUUUUCAUGUCAUAAUCAUUCAUGAUCUAUUUUUGAGCUCAAUUUCAUUACAUUUAGAAUACAGUAUAUUAACAAUAUUUAUUACAUGCAUGAUUUUUUUCAUGCGUAUUUCUUCUGUCAUUGACAAUAACAAACAAAACAACCAUAAUCAUGGGAAUCAAUGCAAGACCCAGGUUUUAUACAGUAUUCAUUUAGAUACAUGUAUGCAUCUAUGGAGAAAGGGGAUGCAACAUAAAUAUGUUUCUUUGAAUGUAGAAUCUGAAAGGGAUGAUUUGCAUAAAUCAGAUUUAAGAUUAUCUAUAAACAUGCUUCUUACAAGUCAAAAUAUAAGUGCCUAUUCAUUUUCAGAUUAAAAAAUAACAGAGAGGGGUGGACAUCUGGUAUUUAAUAAGGUAAUUCUGAAAGAUAAUGCACAUUGAAAGACAAUCAUGAUGAAAAAAUGACUCAUUGUAAAAAAACACUUAAGAUCUUAUCUGCAUUGUACCGAGUUCUACAGCUUUCAUUAAUUUUCUGGGAUUUUCUUUCAGCUGUGUGUAUGUAUUGAUUCUCCAAUAUCUAGAUUCUUGUGUUUCUAAGCAAACAUUGUAAACAUGAUCCACUUUUAGAAUCAAUUCAUUAUGGGUUGAAUUUAUCUGAGUGUGCCAGAUGUUUUCAAGGUUGUGUGCAUGCAUCAACAAUUCAAGGUCAUUAGCUGCACUAGAAAAUUUUUAUCACAUUUGUUGAAAUGUCUACAUAAACAUGUAUAUAUAUGUUUAUGUAUAUUGAAAUAUACAUCCACAAGUUUAUAUUGACAGCA